AUGAAUUCCUCAUUCAUUCAUUCAUCUCUGGUUAUCGCGAUCUGCUGGCUGAGUGCCAGCGUCAACGGCGACUGCUGCACUUCAUCCUUGGACUUGACCUUCAAGGUUAAGGACGCAUCCUGCGGCGCCGUUGGAGGACAUGGCUCGGACAGGUGCUCCAUUACCAUCUGCGCCAAUGGAGCCGGAUUGGUGGGCACCUGGUGUGGCCAAGGUCCCUGCAAUCCCUUCGGCUGCAACUGCGAUGAUGGCUGCCUGAAAGGCGAUUGGUCAAAGUCCUUUCUGGAGAGGAACAAGGAGCACACCAUCGAGAUAUUGGAGGAAAAGUGGAGUACAGUAGAUUUAAGUACGGUGAUCAAAGCGAUUCCCAUUCCAGCUUUGAACUUUAAUAUUGGUUAG